GCGGCGGCGGCGCGGGCGGCGCGGGCCCUCACGGAGCAGCAGUACCCGGGGCUGUCCCUGCUGCGGCGGCGCGGCCCGCAGGGCGGCUGCGCCUCGCCGGGAGAGUGGGCAGAGCAGUACUCGGCCGAGUGCGACUCAUCCUUUUUGCAUUUCCAUGAAUCCGAUUGCGACAUAAGAGGGUCUUCCUGUGAAUCUGUGCUUUCUCUCAACACUGAAAAAAUUCUGAGCCAAGCAAAGGCACUUGCAGAACAAAAAAGGUUUCCAUUUGCUACUGAUAAUGACAACACAAAUGAAGAGCUCGCAAUUGCUUAUGUGUUGAUCGGCAACGGCCUGUAUGAUGAAGCCAUACGACAUUUUUCAACAAUGCUGCAGGAAGAACCAGAUCUGGUUAGUGCAAUUUAUGGACGUGGGAUAGCAUAUGGGAAAAAAGGACUACAUGACAUGAAAAAUGCUGAACUUGCCCUGUUUGAGCUCAGCAGGGUAAUUAGCCUAGAACCAGAUCAUCCUGAAGUGUUUGAGCAGCGAGCAGAGAUUUUGUCCCCGCUUGGCCGAAUUAACGAAGCUUUGUCUGAUCUCACCAGAGCUAUUCAGCUCCAACCCUCGGCCCGGCUCUACAGGCACAGAGGUACCCUUUACUUCAUAUCUGAGGAUUAUGCAACAGCUCAUGAAGACUUUCAGCGCUCUUUGGAACUGAACAAAAAUCAGCCUAUAGCUAUGCUUUAUAAAGGCUUAACCUUUUUUCACAGAGGUCUUCUGAAGGAAGCCAUUGAAUCAUUCAAAGAAGCUCUGAAGCAGAAAGCAGACUUUGUAGAUGCGUAUAAAAGUCUGGGACAAGCAUACAGAGAGCUUGGCAACUUUGAUGCUGCGACAGAGAGCUUCCAGAAGGCUCUGCUGCUAAAUCAAAAUCAUGUUCAGACACUACAGCUCAAAGGAAUGAUGCUUUAUCAUCAUGGUAGCUUAGAUGAAGCAUUGAAGAAUUUUAAGAGAUGUCUACAGCUAGAACCGUACAACGAAGUGUGCCAGUAUAUGAAAGGCCUCAGCCAUGUUGCAAUGGGACAGUUUUAUGAAGGCAUAAAAGCUCAAACUAAAGUUAUGUUAAAUGACCCAUUACCAGGCCAGAAGGCCAGUCCAGAAUAUCUGAAAGUUAAAUACCUCCGAGAGUAUUCUAGAUACUUGCACGCACAUCUGGAUACCCCUCUUACAGAGUACAAUAUUGAUACCGAUCUGCCUGGAAAUUUUAAGGACCACUGGGCCAAAAAUCUUCCUUUUCUUAUAGAAAAUUACGAAGAACAGCCAGGAUUACAGCCACAUAUAAAAGAUGUGUUAUUUCAGAAUUUUGAAAACUAUAAGCCAGAAGUGCAAGACCUCAUAUGUGUAGCUGAUCAUCUGGGUUCCAUGAUGCAGUAUGAGACACCAGGAUUUCUUCCAAAUAAAAGAAUACAUAGAGCAAUGGGAUUGGCCACGUUAGAAGUGAUGCAGGCUGUGCAGCGGACUUGGGCAAACUCCAAAGUCCGGAUGAAUGGGAAAACCAGGUUGAUGCAGUGGAGAGAUAUGUUUGAUAUUGCUGUAAAAUGGCGAAGGAUAGCAGACCCUGACCAGCCUGUGCUUUGGCUAGAUCAAAUGCCUGCCCGAAGCCUUAGCAGAGGUUUCAAUAAUCACAUUAAUUUAAUCAGGGGGCAGGUCAUUAAUAUGAGGUACAUGGAGUAUUUUGAGAAAAUUCUUCAUUUUAUCAAAGAUAGGAUCCUGGUUUAUCAUGGUGCUAAUAAUCCAAAAGGACUAUUAGAGGUUCGAGAAGCAUUGGAAAAGGUACAUAAAGUAGAAGACCUUCUUCCCAUAAUGAAGCAGCUUAACAGUAAAACAAGAGACGGGUUCACUGUGAACACUAAAGUCCCUAGCCUCAAAGAUCAAGGGAAAGAAUAUGACGGGUUCACAAUUACAAUAACAGGAGAUAAAGUGGGGAACAUACUAUUUUCAGUAGAAACUCAGACCACUGAAGAAAGAACACAGCUGUAUCAUGCAGAAAUAGAUGCACUAUAUAAGGAUCUAACAGCUAAAGGAAAAGUACUAGUUCUGUCUGCAGAGCUUGGGGAAGCAGAUGCUGUAUGCAACUUGAUUCUGUCAUUAGUUUAUUACUUCUAUAACUUAAUGCCUCUUUCAAGAGGAUCCAGUGUGAUAGCUUAUUCGGUGAUCAUGGGAGCACUAAUGGCGAGUGGAAAAGAAAUAUCAGGGAAAAUCCCUAAAGGAAAGCUGGUUGAUUUUGAAGCAAUGACAGCACCAGGGUCUGAAGCUUUUAGCAAAAUAGCAAGGAGCUGGAUGAAUCUAAAAAGUAUUUCUCCUUCUUACAAGACUCUGCCAUCAAUAUCAGAGAYAUUUCCAACACUGAGAACAAUGAUUGAAGUACUAAAUACAGACUCGUCUCAUUGUUUUAAAAAAACUAUAAUUGUUGUGUAAUUUAUAUAAAUAAAAGAACAA